AAAGAAAAAUACCCGUGCAGACAUUUCAUUCUGCUUUUGGAUUCCAAAAUCCGUUUGGUACAAGAAAACGGACUAGCUGAUGCAAUGACAGCCUGCUCACCUCCACAUAAAAAUUGUGCAGUGUGAAUAUCUGUUUGCCUUCUUCUCCGGAAUGAUGAAGCAUCAAGUCUCGUCUCCUCCAGGCCGUCACUAGCUGUUGAGAACCAUGUUUGACAAUGGAGAACUGGAAGACAAGCCACCAGCUCCUCCCGUCCGGAUGACCAGCGCUAUCUUCAGUUCGUGGGGCAAAGACCCGUUGUCUGCCAACCACAGCUUGAAACCCCUGCCCUCUGUACCAGAGGAGAGAAAACCUAGGAAUAAAAUCAUCUCCAUAUUCACUGGCGCUGAAAAAGGAAGCAAGAAGAAGGAAAAGGAAAGGCCAGAGAUCUCCCCCCCGUCGGAUUUUGAGCACACCAUCCACGUUGGCUUCGAUGCCGUUACUGGAGAGUUCACUGGAAUGCCAGAGCAAUGGGCUCGGUUGCUGCAGACCUCAAAUAUCACAAAGCUAGAACAGAAGAAAAAUCCCCAGGCGGUACUAGAUGUGCUGAAGUUCUACGACUCCAAAGACACGGCAAAACAGAAGUAUCUUAGUUUUUCUGCUCCAGAAAAAGAUGGUUUCCCUUCAGGAACACCAACGGGCAUUGCCAAAGGUUUGGAGCCAUCAACAGCUGUGGCAGAUGAUGAUGAGGAUGAUGAGGAAGCUCCUCCUCCUGUUAUUGCCCCACGGCCAGACCACACAAAAUCAAUUUACACUCGAUCUGUGAUUGACCCCAUCCCUGCGCCGGCUGGUGACGCCGCUGUUGACAGCGCGACGAAAUCGGGUGAUAAGCAGAAGAAGAAGACCAAAAUGUCAGAUGAAGAGAUUGUGGAGAAACUACGGACUAUCGUGAGCAUAGGAGAUCCCAAGAAAAAAUACACCAGAUAUGAAAAAAUCGGGCAGGGGGCUUCAGGUACAGUGUUCACAGCUAUCGAUGUGGCAACGGGGCAGGAGGUUGCUAUUAAACAGAUAAACCUGCAGAAACAGCCCAAGAAGGAGCUGAUUAUUAAUGAAAUCUUGGUAAUGAAGGAGCUAAAGAACCCCAACAUCGUCAACUUCCUGGACAGUUACCUCGUAGGAGAUGAACUGUUUGUGGUGAUGGAGUAUCUGGCUGGGGGCUCGCUAACAGAUGUGGUCACAGAAACGUGUAUGGAUGAAGCACAGAUCGCUGCUGUUUGCAGAGAGUGUUUGCAAGCGCUUGAGUUCCUACACGCCAACCAGGUCAUCCACAGAGACAUUAAGAGCGACAACGUGCUGUUGGGAAUGGAUGGAUCAGUUAAACUAACUGACUUUGGUUUCUGUGCUCAGAUCACCCCCGAGCAGAGCAAGCGCAGCACCAUGGUGGGAACCCCGUACUGGAUGGCUCCCGAAGUGGUGACGCGGAAAGCGUACGGCCCUAAAGUGGACAUCUGGUCUCUGGGCAUCAUGGCCAUUGAGAUGGUAGAAGGAGAACCCCCGUACCUCAACGAAAACCCCCUGAGGGCUUUGUAUUUGAUAGCAACUAAUGGCACACCAGAGCUGCAGAACCCCGAGAAACUGUCCCCGAUAUUCCGGGAUUUCUUGAACCGAUGUUUGGAGAUGGAUGUAGAGAAAAGAGGGUCAGCCAAAGAAUUGCUACAGCAUCCCUUCUUGAAACUGGCCAAACCUCUGUCUAGCUUGACGCCACUGAUCUUGGCAGCCAAAGAAGCAAUGAAGAGUAACCGCUAACAUUACCGCCACAGCCUUCAUCCCUUUUUUUGUUUGUUUGUUCAUUUGUAUUUUACAAAUCUUUAUAAUAUAUGAAAUUGUUACACAUCUGGGGGGAGGGAUUUUCUGGGGGGGGGGGUGGGAAAUGUCUGCGAAAGGGAAGAAACUCUCAUCCAGAAGACACCCAGAAUAAAUUGUGGUGCCUCUAGCAAUCCCUGUCUGGGGUCGGGAAGGAAUCAAGGACUGAAUUACUGGCCUUUUACUUUUGUUUUGCAGACAGCCCAGAAAUGCCACUUACUGUGCCUGGGGUUUUGAGGGGUUAUUUUUAACCAUUUUGCUGUAGCAGCUCCCAUUCAUUGUACCCUUCUGGGUACUUUCAAUACUUGAAUGACAGAUUCAAGCUUUCAGAGAGCAGUACUAAUUUCACCUGCUGAUCUCUUUUCACUCUCCUCUUCCUCCCCUCUACCCGUUCAGUUUUAUAUCACUCUGGUAAGCUCCUGUAUGACGAGAUUCAUGGCAAGUGUGACAAAUGUGAAGGUACAUCUUGCCCCUCGCUUCUUGUAUGGAUUAGCUGUUACUGUACUAUAGAAUUGACAACUUGGCUACUUAAGAAAUUGUCACGUAUUGAGAUGCGUUUUGCUCUUUAAGAGGAAUCUGGAGAGAGGGGGAAGAGAAGCGUUCAGCUGUUUCUCAUACACCAGCGCUCUGUGGACUUUUUAAUCGAAGAUGUGGCCUCUUUGUAGAAACUUAACGAUUGGUCGAGUCUUUGGAUGUCAGUUUAUGGAUCUGUAGGUAGGGGUCAGAUACUUUAUUUAUGAUCAAAUGAUCAGCUAUAGUCAGGGCAAGAAAAAGAAUUCCAGCUGUCUUCCUGUCUGCUCUUUAUUUUCCCUUUAGACUUGCUGGCCAGAAGCUUAGGGGAUAAUGUGCUUGAUGCGGUGGGUGGUUCAAAAACAUGUAUCUGUGCUCUGACUUGGGCUUUGGAAGUUAUGCUGGUGCCUUUGACUUUUUUAUGUUACAUUUCCCUUCUUUGUAUCAAAUACAUUUUUGUAUAUGUUGUAAUUCCCCCCUUCCCCCAAGCAAAUAAUGCAUCAACCUAUGGAGUUGUCAGAGUUUAAGUAUUAGAGCUAUUUUUUCCAAUUUUGUAUGUGCUCCAUUUGUACUAAUGAAACCAGAAGAACGAAUCAUCAGAUCUGAGGACGCUGAAGAUACAGGUUGUUUUUGAAAACGUGAUUCAAGCAGAAGAUGAUGAACACCUGGACGUGCCAAAGCGCCGUUCGGAGAAGACGAGCACGGCACCGUCAAACGUCCGCGGGGCUCAUCAGAGGCUGAGAGGACAUGCCGAGUCCACCGGUCCCAUCUCGCUAACGACGUUGUACCCGCUGGGCUGGCUGAAGCCGAACGUUGAACGUGCCUCCCUCUGAAGGACAGUGAGCGACUCGAGCGCUCGAGUUCUUGCUGUGUUACCAGGGCCAAGUGUACACGAACCCGUGUCCCGGCUUCUUCUUGUGCUACGCUCUAUGCAUUUCAACUUCCCCGAGUGUUUGAGGAGGAGCCAACUGUAGUUUCCAUGUGCCAAACGAUUCUGUGACAGAAAACCAGUGCUUUAGUGGGAUUUUGCUGCGUUCCCAGCGGUGCAGGACCUGGGACGGGGAUAGGGUUAUGGCUGAGUGUGGACGGAGGACCCUGAAUAAAAACUUUUUGCACACUUUUACAACCAUUGCUGGCAGAGGAUAGAAGUCAUUUUCAGAUAGUUUUGACGUUUGUCUAGCGAGGGAGAUAACGAUGUGUUGGAAGCUGGUAGCCAAGGUUGUGACAAAACCAAUUGCCAGGCUAGAGCGGCCAGGACAGCACAGGUUGGUUGUGGUGACGAUGGAGGGGAAGCGGGACGAGGGUCUCGAGGCUUCUAGGAGAUGACAUGGUACCAACAAGAUGCAGUUUUGCGCUGUGGGAUCGCAGUCCAGCUUGCGUUCUGCUCUUGCAUGGUGGCAAAGCGUUAUGUCGGAUAAAUUAUAUUAACUACUCCAUCAAAGGAAUAAAUCCUGCCAGCUGUCAGGGUAAGAAUAGCUGUGGUUUAUCGUUUGAAGAGGUGUCUUGUUCCAGCCAGGUGAAUUAUUACGAGCUGCGGAUGCUGUGAACGCCGUGUCUGCAGUUUGAGCGCGUCUGACUCCCUGAUCAAGUAGAGAGGAGGCUUGGCCGAGGAUAGAAAAGCCGUCAUACCCAGGAUUCCCUCUUUGUUCAUUGCUGGCAAUGGACUUUGUGAAACUCCUUGUGCCAGAGUUAAACUGGGAGAUUUUCUUUUUAAAUUUUUUUUUUUUAGAUAGAAAACCAAGAAAUCAUAAGUAACUUUAACUUAUUAGCUCACUUUUCUUGAUGAAUGAGGAUGAUUUAAAACGUAUCUUACAAAAUGUGUCCAAUUUAGUCUACUUAGGAGAUGAUUUCCAAACUUCCAGCCGUCUUAGCACACAAAACUUGGCCCCAUCCAGAAGUUACCAAAAGGAUCUCAGCGCUCGCUGCGUGACCUGGAAUGGUGUUCAGCUCUCACGCUGAGAAGCACCCACACCUCCCCUUCCCCACGCAGCCGUUUUAUUGUUAAAAAUUGAGGGUUUUGUGCCUAUUGCGGCCAGAGGGGCAGCUGAUGGACGAGCAGAGCCGGGAGCAGGUUGCCAGGCUGCGCUUUCAUGUCAUAGUGGCUCAGGCAUCGCUUUUCUAACCAUGUCAGCUGGUUGUGUCUGCAAAAUUAAAACACGUAAGCUGCGUUGUGUUUCGGUUUUAACCCCGAAGGGAGCGGAUUGGUGUCCAUAGGACUUGCUGGGAGGCUGCGGUGUCCCUAGGGCAGAGUUUGCGCAGACGAUGCAGAGGGAAGGACCGCGUUGGAUAGCGCCGGGGUCCCUGUACGUCUCGCUCUGUCUCGGGUGCCAGCGCCAGAUCCUGAGUCAGGACCAAAACCGCGUGUGAUACGUGUGGAGUGUAACAUAUAGCAGUGCAGUUAGGUGUGUAUACAGAGCGGGGCAGCUUAUGGCCGAGACGCAGGGAAUGUGCGACACCUGGGAUCUUGUUAUCGUAGAAUAACCCCCCGACUUUUCGUUCAAAGCACUGGGAAUGUGCACUUUGAGCUGCCUUAGGCGUUAAUGAGACUAAUUGUGGGCAGAGCAGAUGGAACAGGCGGGGUCCCCACAGCGGAGGGGACACUGGGUGGCUGGGGAGGGGACAAGGAGGUUGUUGAGGGUCUCUCCAUUAAUAAAUAAAUGUCUCUGGUCGAUUUUUCCCCUCUGUCAAUGGAAAUGGAAGUAGGUGCAAGCUUUCCUUUUUAUUUUUUUAACUGUCUUCAGAUUUUAAUGUUGCCUUUUGUGUAAUUUAAUCCCAUUAUGUUAUUUAAUUGUUACUGCAAUAUUAACUACUGUAUUUGUUGACUUUGUUUAAUAACUGUUCUUUCAGGGCUAGAAAUAAACUUUUAAAAAACA